GAACCUCCUCAACGAGACACUUUGUUGUCACCCGAGACCGGAAACUGGACGUACACGGAAGACAGGCGGGCGGUGAGCUGUGCUCUUGCCACGUCGAAAACUGGAGCGAGUUAUAGCUGGGAAAAAUAAAUAACGGCGCCCAUCAAAGCGAUUACAUUCAUAUUUUUAGAAAUCGGUCGUGUUCAACAAAGCCAUGGUUUCGGUUAUCAACACCGUGGAUACUUCCCAUGAGGAUAUGAUUCACGACGCUCAGAUGGACUAUUAUGGAACGAGGUUGGCCACGUGUUCCUCGGACAGGUCUGUCAAGAUAUUUGAUGUGAAGAACGGAGGGCAGAUCCUUGUGGCAGAUUUAAGGGGCCAUGAGGGCCCUGUGUGGCAGGUAGCCUGGGCGCACCCCAUGUACGGAAACAUCCUGGCUUCCUGCUCCUAUGACCGCAAGGUCAUCAUCUGGAAGGAGGAGAAUGGCACCUGGGACAAGAUGUUUGAGUACACAGGCCACGACUCGUCAGUGAACUCUGUCUGCUGGGGUCCCUGCGACUUUGGGCUCAUCCUCGCCUGCGGCAGCUCAGACGGCGCCAUCUCGCUGCUGACAUUCUCGGGGGACGGCCAGUGGGACAUCAAGAAGAUUCCCAACGCGCACACCAUUGGCUGUAACGCGGUGAGCUGGGCGCCGGCCGUGGUACCCGGCAGUCUCAUCGACCAGCCGUCGGGUCAGAAGCCCAACUACGUCAAGAGGUUUGUCUCAGGUGGCUGCGACAACCUGGUCAAGCUGUGGAAGGAGGAGGACGGCCAGUGGAAGGAGGACCAGAAGCUGGAGGCCCACAGCGACUGGGUUCGGGAUGUGGGCUGGGCGCCCUCCAUAGGUCUUCCCACCAGCACCAUCGCCAGCUGCUCGCAGGACGGCAGGGUGUUCAUCUGGACCUGCGAUGACCCCUCGGGGAACACGUGGACGGCGAAGCUGCUGCACAAGUUCAGCGACGUCGUCUGGCACGUCAGCUGGUCCAUCACGGGCAACAUCCUGGCCGUGUCGGGCGGAGACAAUAAGGUGACGCUGUGGAAGGAAUCCGUUGACGGCCAGUGGACCUGCAUCAGCGACGUCAGUAAGGGUCAGGGGGCCGUGUCUGCCAUCACAGAGGGCCAGCAGAAUGAGCAGUGAGGCUGGGAGACGGACCGCCUUCAGCACACGGAGCUGCCGGGGGUGAGGGUCCCGGCGGCCGCGGUCCAUGGGUGUGGCUCACCCUCGCUCAGAGACUUUCCUUUUUUUAUUGCGUUCCCCUACAUGCCUUUUGAACUUGGGGAGUCUGACUGAUUCAAGGUGCUGGUCUGUUCCUCAGUCAUUCUUAAGUGACCCCUCAGAUGUGUUUGUGGGGGCAAAAAUAAUGCCAGGUUGUCCCAGUCAUUGUUUUUUGCCUCCCCCAACCUCCAAAAAAGAUAUAAAUAAAGUAUGUUGAAUGUCC